GGACCCUCUUUUUUUCCUCAACUCGGGAAAACUCGUGAACUUCCAUAGCGCGAGCUUCGUCUUUGAUUCAUCAUCGCGCUCGAGGAUGUUUGGAACGUUUUUUUUUUUCGUGGAAUUUGAACGGAUUCUAAAUCAACUGUUCCGGAAUAUUUUCAACGGUUCUGAGGGAGAUUGAUCAAAGCUAUUGCGAAAAUAUGGAGCUCGAAGAGGAACGCCUCACCAUCCCCAUCAAUCCCAACAAUUUCCCAGCGAAAUUGUGGCGUUUGGUGAAUAACCCCAAAAAUCGAUCGAUACGUUGGGAUCCCUGUGGUGAGGGUUUGAUAAUCGACCAGCAGCUAUUUGAAUCAGAGCUGCUGUCACCCCAGAAACAAACGUUUGACACCACUGACCUUUUCAAAACAACCAACUUUACAAGCUUCAACCGCCAGCUGAAUCUUUAUGGGUUCAGGAAGGUGGUCCAUGGCCCCGGGGCCUCGGAGAAGAAUGAUGUCUCAUCUCCGAUGGAUGGGAUAAAACACCACUUCCACAACCCGAACUUCAAACAAGAUCAUCCCGAACUGCUGGUGAAUCUUAAGAGGCUGACAAGCAAAAACAAGGCGAAGAUGGAAGCUGGCCUAGAAGUGAACUGCCGGCCCCCAGCAAAUCGUUUCCACCGACUCAUGGCAAAUGGUGAUGGUGGUGAGGAGAGAGUUAAAGUAGAUAAAAGAGGUUCCAUGUUUGUUGGUCAGGUAAAACGACCAUCUCCUUACCAACAGUACCACCAAAGCAGAACCCAGCCCAUGAAAGACUAUGAUCGGACCCCUAUCCCACCCCGCGGCUGGAUCAUGGGUCAUGGGGAUGCCCCCUCCCCCACCACCUUCUACACAGACAAGGGAAUCCCCAUAUCUGUCAUCCACCGGUUCCCUUCAGACACUUCCUGCACUGUGCAGUCCAGUCCGACUACUGUGCACAUCCAGCAGGGUUCACAAAGCCUGGCAAACAGCUUGAUCCCUCACCAUGCUCAGUACCGACCUGGAUUCUAUUCCCCUGCAUCAGUGUGCCAAUGCUGCCCCCCAGGCUCAAUGAACUCGGACUGCCAUAGUGCCCACCAGACAACUCCCUCAUACUCCCAUUACAGCUAUUACCAGCCAAACUGUCCUGUGGGCUUUCUGUAUCCUGGCAACCAAAACCAGGACUGGCAGAGCAGUGAAACCCAGGAGACCAAGAAGAGCGAUGUCAACCUGGACACAGUCUUCCAGCUAGUGGACGAGUUGCACCACAAUUCCCCCAAAAUACGCAUGGUCAAAGUGGAGACCCCAGAGCGCCAGCAGCCGGUCCUGUCCACCUCUACAUCAUCAGGGCCCCAGCCCAUCACCACCAUACACAGCUCCCCUCACACAGUCACUGUCUCCUCCCAGCUUGACUCCUCUUUUAACUCCAGCCCAGUGACUUCACGCGGGCCCAUCAUUAUAGCAGUCCCGGGGAACGUUCCUCCUCAGGGAAUAGCCAUCACUGUCGGUGGUCCCAAGGCUGAGCAAGCAGUGAAGAGGGAGGACAAACCUGUGUCUGUGGAUGCCUAUCAGAAGUGCCCUGAGGAAGCAUCAGAGUACAUCACCAAGGUGAAGGAGAUCCAGGUGCUGGACUCAGACGUCUGCAGUGUUCUACAUGAUGUUACUGUCUGCAGCCUCAGCCUGGAGAACAAGCACCAGACAGCAAACUAAAUCUCCUGAUCUGAACUUGUUGGUUGAAGUGGCAUGCACGCAAGAAUGUUGACCAUAGUCGGACCAGGAUGUCCCAAGUUUUCAGUUUUGCUACUCAUGCUCAAGUCUGAAUUUGCUGUAGCUUCUUGUUGAAAUACGUUUACCUAUGUUACUUGUAUGUCACUGAUAAAGAAAUAUAUAUUUUCCUGAUAGUACACAUAUUGGACAUUGUACAUAGUUCAGCCCUGUUCUAAUUUAUUCUUAUUUAUAUGAUAACCUUUACAGCAUUUUAAUUGGCAUAUGACAGUUUUAUUCUGAAUGCUUAAUCUUGGAAUGAAUUAAUGCAUACCAAGAUUUAUUUGUCAUUUUUAAGUUAAAGAACAAGUACCUUUUAAUGUUUAUUCCUCAUUUGUUUUAGUUUGACACCAAAAAGUUUCUGUUUUAACUGUUAAUUAUUUUUAAAAUAAUUUCUGACUUCUGGACAUGAUAUAAUUGGUUUAUAAUGUUAAAAGAUUCUUAUGAUUAAAAUGUGAUAU